AUGACUGAUUCUCCAGUGGACGACUUACUUUCUCCUUCUUUCGCAUCUGUGCUUGGCUUCGACGAGCCUGACGACGCGACCUUAGAGAAUCUUCCAUUCUUCGAAGAACGCGAUCACUGCGCGCUUACCCUGGAUUCAUCCGAGUCACUCGAAUCUAAGACAAGCUCCGAGUCACUUGAUGGACAUGACAGCGGGAAACGACCAACGUGCCUCCGGCUUGAGCUGGAUGCUGCCAAGGACGAGACUCGCGCACUUGAUGGACCUGCAGAAUAUCCUAUUCCACAAAGUUCACCUGAUUCAAACAAUGGCGUUGAUAGCGUCCAGGGGGAAAGUCCUCUUCACAAGGUGGAGCAGAUACAUACUUGCUCUGCUCUAAAAGAACCAACAUUGAUGCUCGACGCGCCCGAAGACAGUGCCCAGGUCAACCAGUCAACUGAAGAGAAGGCAACGGGUCCAAUCCCGAGCCACGCUUUCUCUGCCUCAGAUCAGUCCCAGCCUGUUCCGCCAACUACUCCAGUGCGAGACGACCGUCGGACUGUCAGAUUUUUCCCUCCCGGAUCCCCUCGGUAUCGGCCAUCUCAUUCAAUACUGCACAGCCUUUCAUCAGUGGAGCGCAAACAGGAUAAUCCCUCUCUACACCGACAGCAAAAGCAACAGGAUAAAUGGAAAAGUUCCUAUCGUACCCUUGGCCAACGAAGCCCUCCAUCUCGCAGCCCCACCAAGGUGAACCCAUCCAGCUCAAAACGGCAACCGGAAAUUCGCUUUUCAUCCAUGUCCAAAGUUCCCUUUUGUCAAGAUGCUAGCAUUACCACUUCCACUCAGGAGAAUGAACAUACGCCAGCCUCGGAGGUAGACACUGUGAAAUGUCAAACCCCUGCGAGCAAAAGAGAUACGCCACAUGGACGAGUUUAUGAUCUUGUUGUUUUCAACAUCGGAAUAUACCGAUCGCGAUAUCCCCAAAGACUGGCGAAUGGGUCUCGCUGGGGGUUUUGCAAAAUUCGAAUGUGCCCUACGUUCAUACCGGCGCGCAGUUUGACUGAGGAAGCCGAAGAGACCAAACAGAUCAUUUGCCGCCUACAGGCCGAGGACUUGCUUCUCCAUUUUGUCGUCGUUGUGCCGAAUUUCGUUGUGCACAUUCCCCUUGCUGCCCUCGCCAAGGCUGGUCGACUGGCAAGUUCGCGUGCGGGGCUGUCGUUCCUUGAUAUCAUUAGAGUUGCUUGGUCUCUUGUCGCGGCAUUCAUCAACUUAGUAAUGCGCGCAAUCUGGGGCAUGGAAUUCGGCUACCAUGGAACAAUCGAGACCGAAUACCCUGAUCAAGCUUGCCAGUGA